AUGGCCCUCGGCCAUGGCCAAAGAGAAGAAAAUGAGGUACCCGAACAUGUUGCUGAAGAGUUUCGACAAUUCGAGAAUCAACACAAGCCGAAUUUGGAGGAAACCAAAACUGUGAAUCUCGGUGAUGAGGAAUGUGUUAAGGAAGUAAGAAUCAGGGUCCAUCUGACUGAAACUCAAAGAAGAGACCUGGUUCGUUUGCUCAGGGAGUACAUUGAUGUAUUUUCCUGGUCUUAUAGAGAUAUGCCAGGGCUGCGUACGAAUAUGGUGUCCCACAAGUUGCCGAUCAAUCCAGAUUUCAGCCCAAUCGAGUCUCAAAUAGUGGAAGUGCCGCAAUAUCCGACUUGGUUAGCCAAUGUUGUUCCAGUUGCCAAGAAAGAUGGAAAAAUCAGAAUUUAUGUUGACUAUAGAGAUCUCAACAAAGCUAGCCCGAAAGAUAAUUUUCCAUUGCCAAACAUUCACAUCCUCAUUGAUAACUGCGCUAAGCAUGAGAUGCAGUCAUUUGUGGAAUGUUAUGCGGGUUACCACCAGAUCCUGAUGGACGAAAAAGAUGCAGAAAAGACAGCUUUCAUCACGCCCUGGGGCGUAUAUCAUUAUCGGGUGAUGCCUUUUGGUCUCAAGAAUGCCGGUGCUGCUUAUAGGAGGGCCAUGACAACCAUCUUUCAUGAGAUGAUUCAUAAGGAGAUUGAGGUGUAUGUAGAUGAUGUCAUAAUCAAGUCCCGCGAGAGUUCGGAUCACUUGACUCACUUGAGGAAAUUCUUUGAUCGCUUGCGCCGAUACAAUUUGAAGUUAAAUCCCGCCAGGUGUGCUUUUGGGGUGCCAGCUAGCAAGUUUUUGGGAUUUAUAGUCAGCAAGAGGGGCAUUGAACUUGACCCUUCCAAGAUCAAGGCGAUCCAAGAAUUACCUCCUCGAAAGACCAAGAAAGAGAUGCCUCAACCAAGUGGACCAGAGAAUGUCAAACUGCUUUUGACGCCAUCAAAAAACUAUUUAUCCAAUCCACCGGUGUUGGUCCCUCCGCAAGAAGGGAGUCCGUUAUUGCUAUAUUUGUCAGUCUCGGAUAACGCCUUGGGAUGCGUGCUUGGUCAACAUGAUGAAAUAGGGAAGAAGGAGCGAGCCAUUUAUUACCUGAGCAAAAAGUUCACUCUAUAUGAGGCGAUAAAAGCACAAGCGUUAGCUGAUCAUCUUGCGGAGAAUCCAGUUGAUGAAGACUAUGAACCACUCAAGACUUAUUUUCCCGAUGAGGAAGUUUCGUUUGUUGGUGAAGAUAUUUCUGAAGCGUACCCUGGUUGGAGAGUGUUCUUUGAUGGAGCGGCGAAUCACCAAGGGAGAGGUAUCGGAGCAGUCUUAGUCUCAGAGUCCGGUCAACACUAUCCUAUGGCAGCCAAACUCCGAUUUAAUUGCACAAAUAACACGGCUGAGUAUGAAGCUUGCAUCCUCGGUCUGAAGAUGGCAAAUGAUAUGAACGUUCAUGAGUUGUUGGUUAUUGGAGAUUCAGACUUGCUAUUUCAUAAAGUUCAAGGAGAAUGGGCCGUGAUGAACCUGAAAAUCACACAGUAUGUUCUGUAUAUACAGAAGUUGCGCAAAAGAUUCCACAAGAUUGAGUUCAGACACACUCCCAGGACGCAGAAUGAAUUGGCUGAUGCUCUUGCGACUAUCGCCUCAAUGAUUAAACAUCCAGAUACAAGUUAUAUUGAUCCAGUGGAUAUAGAGGUAAAAGAACAGCCUGUUCAUUGUUCACACGUCGAAGCGGAACCCGAUGGUUUGCCGUGGUAUUUUGACAUCAAGAAGUAUUUAGAGGAUGGGACUUAUCCUGAGAAUGUAACGUUUAGCCAGAAGAAGUCGAUAUGCCGCAUGACCCUCAAUUUCUUUGCAAGUGGAGAAGUCAUUUACAGGAGGACUCCAGAUUUAGGUCUUCUUAGAUGUGUUGAUGCUAGUGAAGCUGCAAAGCUUCUGGAACAAAUACAUGCUGGAGUUUGUGGUACUCACAUGAACGUGCUCACUUUGGCAAGAAAGAUCCUCCGAGCUGGCUAUUUCUGGAUGACUAUGGAGCAUGACUGUUGCAAGUUUGUGCAGAAGUGUCAAAAAUGUCAAGUGCAUGGUGAUUCGAUUCGAGUACCGCCUCACGAACUUAAUGCUAUGAGUUCACCUUGGCCAUUUGUAGCUUGGGGCAUGGACGUCAUUGGUCCAAUAGAGCCACCCGCCUCUAACGGACACAUAUUCAUUUUGGUUGCCGUUGACUACUUCACCAAGUGGGUGGAAGCAGCUUCAUAUAAGUCGGUGACUAAGAAAGUUGUAGCUGAUUUUGUUCGGAACAAUUUGAUAUGUAGGUUUGGAGUCGAAAUACCUUCAUUGAGAAUCAUUCAAGAAGCUGAAUUGAACGACGCCGAAUGGGUCCGCAAACAGAUUGAUCAGUUAACGUUGAUUGAUGAGAAGAGAAUGGUUGUUGUUUGUCAUGGUCAAUUGUAUCGACAGAGAAUGAUUCGUGCUUUCCACAAGAAAGUAAGAUCCAGGAUAUUUGAAAAUGGCCAGCUGGUCCUUAAACGCAUUUUCCCUCAUCAGGAUGAGUAUAAAGGGAAAUUUGCAGCAAAUUGGCAAGGACCCUACAUGGUUCGCAAAGUAUUAUCGGGAGGUGCUUUGGUCCUGUCGGAGAUGGAUGGCACCGAAUGGCCGAAACCGAUCAACUCAGAUGCUGUCAAGAGAUACUAUAUGUGA